CAAAAUAAAUGUUAGCAGCAGACGAUCCCCGCCUCCGCCGCCGGCGACGAAAAGGGUUAAGGAUGGUUUCAUCUUUUCCGAUCAUCUUCUUCUUCUUCUUCACCAUUCUUCCUUCCAUUUCUGCCAUUGAUUUCCUUAUCAAUUCCUUCACCGCCAAUUCUUCAUCCGUCAUCAAUCUCCGAGAAGACGCUCAAAUCGACUCACGAACAAUCCGACUCACAAACACCAUAAACUCUAAUUCAAGAGGCCGAGCCUUCUACCAAACCCCAAUCCCCAUCAGAUCUUCUCCAAAUUCAUCAACUCUUUCCACUUUCUCCACCUCUUUCAUCUUCUCCAUCUUACCUGAAAUCAGUUCCAGUCCCGGCUUCGGUCUCUGUUUCGUCCUCUCCAACACCACCGAUCCACAAGGCGCAAUCGCCGGUCAAUACUUAGGUGUCUUCUCCAACGCCACCGUACCAACUGUCGCACCUCUACUAGCUGUCGAGUUCGAUACCGGCCGUAAUGUCGAAUUCAACGAUCCAGAUGAUAACCACAUCGGAAUCGACCUCAACAAUAUCGAAUCGGCUAAAACAGCAACCGCUGGAUAUUACAACUCGUCAGGCGGAUUCGUGGAGAUUAUUAUGCGAAGUGGACAGAAUAUUCGUGCCUGGAUCGAGUUUGACGGUACUGAAUUCGAAAUUAAUGUUACAAUUGCUCCGAUUGGUAUGUCUCGCCCUUCUAUGCCUCUUUUGACUUUUAAAGAUCCAGUGAUUGCUAAUUAUGUAUCUACUGAGAUGUUCGUUGGAUUCUCUGCUUCCAUAACGACUUGGAUUGGACCGUCGAGGAUUCUAGCUUGGAGCUUUAACAAUGAUGGAGGGAUUUCCAGAGAUAUUAACACUACCGAUUUGCCUGUCUUCAGGCCGCAGCCGAGUUCGUCUGCUCUUUCUAGAGGUGCCACCGCUGGUAUUAUAGUUGGGUCAGUUCUCUUCUUCCUUCUUACUUGCCUUAUACUUGGUUACUGGAUUUGGAAAAAAUUCAUUCAAGAAGAGAAAAAAGAAGAAAUAGAAGAUUGGGAGUUGGAAUACUGGCCUCAUCGAUUCUCUUAUGAAGAGCUAAGCCAGGCUACGAACGGAUUCUCUAACGACGAGCUUCUCGGAGUAGGGGGUUUUGGUAAAGUUUACAAAGGAACAUUAGCGAACAACGUGGAAGUGGCGGUGAAGUGUGUAAAUCAUGAUUCGAAGCAAGGUAUGAAGGAAUUCAUGGCGGAAAUCUCGAGUAUGGGAAGGUUACAACACAAGAAUCUAGUGCAGCUACGAGGAUGGUGUAGAAAAGGGAACGAAUUAAUGCUUGUUUACGAUUUCAUGCCUAAUGGUUGUCUUUCUCGUUGGAUUUUCGAUAAACCUCAACAGGUUAUGGGAUGGGAAGGUCGUCGGAGAGUUCUCUCCGACGUAGCGGAAGGGUUGAAUUAUCUUCAUCACGGUUGGGAUCAGAUGGUGAUUCAUAGAGAUAUUAAAUCUAGUAAUAUUUUGUUAGACGGUGAAACGAGGGGAAGAUUGGGUGAUUUUGGACUUGCGAAGCUGUACACGCACGGGGAGGUGCCGACUACGACUAGAGUGGUGGGGACUUUAGGUUAUUUAGCACCGGAGCUUGCUACGGUGGCGACGCCUACGGCUGCGAGCGAUGUUUAUAGUUUUGGAGUUGUGAUUUUGGAGGUGGCUUGUGGGCGAAGACCGGUGGAUGUGACGGUGGAAAGAGAGGAGGAUGUGGUGCUUAUAGAUAUUGUGAGGAAGAAGUAUUCGGAAGGGAAGAUUUGGGAGGCUGCUGAUAAGAGGAUUAAAGGGGAAUUCCCACCGGAGGAGAUGGAGGGGAUGCUGAAACUUGGAUUGGCUUGUUGUCAUCCUGAUCCACUCCGGCGACCUACCAUGCGAGAGGUGGCGGCGAUUCUUCUCGGUGAGAACGCGGUGGCAGGGAUGCCACAAGAAUUGAAGACCGAAAAUGAUGGUUAGUUCGAUCCUACCAAAAAAAAUAAAAGAACCAUCUUCCACUUAUUUACCUUUGACGCAUUUCAUUGGAUAUCAUUGAAAUAAGGCAGUGUCCAAAUGGUAGGAUCAAAAAAUGGAUGCCUUAGACGAAGAAAGUAAGUACUAGGGCUGUUUUUAUUUAGAAAAAAGUGGCUAAAAUAUUUGGGUUAUCAUUAUUGUUUAGUAGUUAGUACUUCAUAUUGAAAUUUUUUUGUAAGAAUAAUGUAAAUGUGUAUAAUAAUGUUUUG